UGCAGUUGCAGCCAUCAGUGUCACAUCAAAAGUGCACUAAUGCUAAGCAAAGGGAGCACCACCUAAGCACAACCACCCAAAGGCAGCCACUGCGACUUUUGGUCCUAUGUAAAGAUGGCCUAGAAGAACAGAAGCUGAGUGUCACACUCACACGGAGCAGAGAAAAAGGAUCAGGGAGAGGCAUUUGCAUGCACCAAUUAUGUAAUGAAAUUCCAUCCAGGUGAGCUUGGGCAACUGUGGUUUCACUCAUACUUGACACUCACUUCUUGAAGUGUGCAGACUGCAGACUACAGGGAGGUGUCCUACUCUUUCCCUGAGAAGGUGAUCUGAUUGAAUUCUGAAUUCCACUCCACCACAUAAAAAAGGCUGUGCCUUUUUCUUACAGGAGAUUUCCUUCUUUUGUAUGAGUACUAGACUACUCCAAUACUGAGUAGUGAGUACGGGAAGUGUGGUAAGAGUGGCCAUACCAACAGUAAGCAGAGCUGUUGUUGCAGCAUUAACAGUAAACUAGAGAGUAGCUUGAGCCCUGUUGGGUGUGCCAGUGAAGCACAUGUGCCCUAGUUGCUGUGUAUGACAGUGCAAGGAGGCAGGACACCCACUUGGCAUCCCUCUUUGGUACCUCCUGUUCAUUUCAGGCUCAGGUGGGGGCACAGAGAGAGAGGCCAUCUUCUCUGUGUUGGAUUAUUGAAAAAUAGUUCUCCAAGAAGACACAGAUUCCUGUGGAAAAAGAGUGCUAACAUGGAGGAAACAAUGCAGCCUUGAGGUAGUUUUUUGGUGGUGUGAAACUGUGAAUGGUUUGAGCUUGUAAUUGGGGGUGGUUCUCAUGUUAUGGUGUGUAGGGUCCAGCACUGGACUGGUUGAUAUUGUGGUCUUCAAGGUUAGGGAGAGCCUUGAGAGAGGUGUAGCAUAUAAGAUCUCAGAAAGCCAGAUAUGGGACUGAGGAGAAGGCAGUGCUGUGGCCAAGCUUAAAUGCUUCCAGUGAGGCUGCUUCUCUGGCUGGAUGCGCCGCCAUCUCCAGAUCGGCUCGCCGGAUCAGUGGAGCUCCAUGGUUAUCCAGGCUGCUACUGCUGCUGAUUGACAAAAAAAAGAAGAUAUCCCAAGGAGGAGGAAUUCAGGAAUCUGCUGUGCUCCUUUUCUCUGGGAGGGAAGCAAGGGAAGGUUGGAGCAGCAGCCGGGAUCUGUGAUUGGCAUGUGCUCUUUUGGGAUGGACUGGAAUCAGAAGAGCUCAGUUUUGUGGGAUUGGGAAAAUAUGCCACCGACAGGAAACAACACCAACGACAAUCCCAAGAAUGUGAUGCAUGCUGAAUCAAAACUUGCAGUUGUUGGGGUUGAUAUAGGUCAUGAAUCGGCCCAUUCUUCUGGUGGUACUUUCUCCUCUAGCUCAGAGAUUGGGUAUGGUUCAUCCAAGAGUUCCAUGUCCGUGUCGACUGGUUCUCCCUCCAAAGUGGGAAAAACCAUAGAGCUGAAUUUUGCAUCUGUUGAAGAGCCUGGCAAGAACAUGGGCAAAGGUAAGUGCAAAGUUGAUGACACUGGAACUUCUCGAUCAUCGGUGGUAGCAGCCAGCCGUGCAGAGCCCUUAAUUGGACUGAAGCUUGGCAAGAGAACAUAUUUUGAAGAUGUCUGUGGAGGGCAGAAUGUCAAGAGUUCCCCAUCGGGUGUGAGCGCGGCAACCCCAUCUCCUGGUCUGGCCAAGAAGGCGAAGGUGGCUCAGCAGAACGCUCCAAAUCCAUACUGUCAAGUUGAAGGUUGCAAUGUUGAUCUCUCUUCUGCUAAAACUUACCAUCGAAAGCACAGAGUCUGCGAACCUCAUAGCAAGGCUCCCAAAGUUGUUGUUGCUGGUCUGGAGCGACGCUUUUGCCAACAGUGUAGCCGGUUUCACGGUUUAACUGAGUUUGACCAGAAAAAACGAAGCUGUCGCAGGCGCCUCAAUGACCACAAUGCCCGCAGACGGAAGCCGCAACCAGAAGCAAUUUCAUUAAGCUCAUCAAGGCUCUCUACAAUACUUUAUGGUGAUGCAAGGCAACAGACAGGUCUUCUGUAUGGUCAAGCUCCUUAUGGUCAGAUGGGAAGCUGUGCAAAUUCUUCUUGGGAUCCAGUACCAGGAGGCUUCAAAUUUACAGUAACAAAAGCUCCUUGGUCAAAGCCAACAAGAACUGCAGGUGUUGAUGGGACACAUGUAUCUAAUCAGCAGGCGCCGAGCAAUGUACUGCCACAUGGAGCACAUCAUAGUUUUGAUGGCCUCAUGGCAUUCAAGGAAACCAACGUGAAGGUCCUUAACCAAGGCAUGGAAGCUUCUGCUGCGGCUUCCAGCUCCGCUGGAGGCCCGGACUUCGAGCGUGCUCUCUCUCUUCUGUCAAUCAAUUCAGUGGGUGCUUCAAACCUCCAGCCAGGUUCUCAGAUGCACCCUAGUGUCGCCGCCAUUGCCGGCACCUCCAACCCUGUCAUGAUGCCAUCAUCCCCGGCUAUCUGGCAAGGAUGCCUGUCCCUCGAUCAGCAGGCGCAGUUCCAGGUUUUCGACCGCCUUGGCAGCGACGACGACGCCACGCCACAGCAGCUCCAGCUCCCAAAGCCUCCUCCUUAUGGCAGCUCCCAGUAUGAUCAGAUGAACUGAAUUAAGAUGCUUCUUUUAGCCCCCUCAUCUGUGCUUUGUUGCGCAAUCUAACAUGGUUUCUGCUAUCUGAAGUCCCAAAGAAACUGCUGCUUUCUUGAUGUUCCCUGCCUAGAGGUUACCUACCACUACCCCCUGCUGGUGUUGUGAAGAAUAAAAGGCAAUCAAGAAACUUGAACUUGAGUUGAUCACCUGUGGUGCUGUACUCUUGUCUGUAUGUGGUGCUGCCAUGAAACCAGAACCUUUAACUUUAGUCGUUCCAUUAGUCACUGUCACUAAAUCGUAUGUUUGAAUAAUUCAUUCUGGUGAUACUUUGUACCAGACUUGCUUCAGCAAAUGAUCAUGGUUUUAGGGCUGCGUUCUUUUACUAUAUUAUUCCAUAAAUUUUGUGUGCAUGC